GUGAUACGUACCUAGCAGGGAAAGCGGAGUACCCGGAGGGAACGGAAAACAACAAUUCGGGGCGGGACUCGGACCCACAACCCCGCAAGUGUGAGAAGUACUUGGAACGUAACCAUGUCCGACAGAAAGGCGGUGAUCAAAAACGCGGACAUGUCCGAGGAGAUGCAGCAGGACGCCGUGGAGUGCGCGACCCAGGCCCUGGAGAAGUACAACAUCGAGAAAGACAUCGCCGCCUACAUCAAGAAGGAGUUUGAUAAGAAGUACAACCCCACCUGGCAUUGCAUUGUGGGGAGGAAUUUCGGGAGCUACGUCACCCACGAGACCAAGCAUUUCAUCUACUUCUACUUGGGUCAGGUGGCCAUUCUGCUGUUCAAGUCUGGUUGAAGUUGCAGCUCAGCAGCCAAGCCCUGAAGUUAAACUGACUGGCAAAGACUGACAACAAAACCCCCUUCUUGGUUACAGGGACCUGCAUUUUUUUCUGUGCUGCUUCUGUUAGAAAUGGCCAUGUAAAGACUUGUAUUUAUUUUCUAUAUAGCAGAAUGUUAAGUCCUCAAAAUAAAUUUUUUACUUAA